CGAGAGGUUUCUUACCAACAAUUGGGGAAAAGAGUGGAAAUGUUUUCUUUUUGAAACUAUACCAGUAGAAUGUUUUCUUUUCAAAACUAUGCCAUUAGCAAGCCUGAUGUGGUUAUGUUUGUUUUUACAAGUUUUGGCACACGUAAUUUCGUGUUGAUUCUGUUGGCAAAUUUCAUCCAACUCAAUUACAUAUUUAUCUAGUGUAGCGUAUUUGCUACUUGUGGCUCUUGUUUCAGGAAAGGCUUAAUCUUUCUUUUCUUUUCAUCAUUGGUGGCAAAUUUCUUGUAAAGACAGAAAUAAGGUAGAAUAACAUUGUCUAAAAGCAAAGAAUUAUUUUGAAUGCAUCUUUGUGGGAGUUUGGGGGUCGGUUAGGAGAAUCAGAAUGUUGAUCUCGUAAGCAACCUACUUGGUGCUUCUGAACAUCAAAAGCAGCAGCCCCACUAAUAGACACAAGGUUGUUGUCUAAGCAAAGGAUAAAUUGUGAAUCCGAAUACUUUCACUUUGUAACCGUAUGUAUAAAUUCCACCUUCAUAAUGGGAUAGUAGACACCCUUCCCAGUACUGUACACCUAAAGCAAACUAAAAAAACUUGAGUUUCUUGGGAAUCGAGGGAUCAAUAGCAUAAUAAGGCUAUACUUUUUGGAUAAAAGAUUAAGUGUUUACCGGCCAUCAAAUCCAAAAGGGGAUUAGGACAUAUACCGUUUGGGGAGAGGAAAAUGUCUGAUUGGGGUCCGGUGUUUGUGGCGGUGGUGCUGUUCGUCCUGUUAACACCGGGUUUGCUGGUUCAGGUGCCAGGUCGCAGUCGAUUUGUUGAGUUUAGCAACUUUCAGACGAGUGGAGUGUCGAUAUUGGUUCACUCACUCCUCUACUUCGCCCUCAUUUGCAUCUUCUUAUUAGCCAUUGGGGUUCAUAUGUACACGGGUUAAACUCUUUACUGGAAUCAUAGUGAUCAUGGUCGACCGUUAUUUUGUUUUGCUACUAUUUGGGUUGCGUCAGAAUUGAUUGUAAUAUGUCAUGCAUAUGUUUUUUUUUCUUCUGUUGCCUUCGGCUUCUUUCUCUCUUUUUUACCAUUCAGAUUUCUGUUCAAUCUAUCUAUGAUUUGAUCUGUUGGGAAAGCUCUAGUUAUCAAUAAAUGAUCUUUGAAAAGUAA